AUGGCAGCAAUACAACGAGAAGCACGCAGCUGCGUCAGAACGUCAAAGAGGACCAACAUGGCGUCCUUCAACAGCAACGAGUGGAGAGCCAUCUGCGACAAAUUCACCAACGCCCAAAACCUCACAGAAACCGAAUCACGAAAGGACCCAGAAAACGACCCCUUCCGCUCGAAAUACAAAGCCAGGGACCUUCUCAGAGAGAUAUACUGCUCAUUGAAGAGUUUCGAAGCCGGCGAAGGUGAGGACAGCAGCGGGGAGAGCGGCGACCAGCGGCCGACAGAGGAGCCGGUGGACGGGCAGAGAGAGGAUGUUUUCGGCCAGGGUUUCAGCGGUGAUUCGCCAGCCGGGCUGCGGGCCGCAAGACUCGGGGCUGUGGAGUACUACCUGGGAGUCAACCAUGUGGACACGGAGGAGCUGUCAGCCGGGCAGGAACAUCUGAUGAACUGCAUGAAGCUGCUGGAGAGAUGCAGGGUGUCGUCCCAGAAUGUGUCCCUGUUUAUCCACGUUAGGAACCAGCUGGGUAUCCUCUGGGCAGGCCGGGAUGAGACAGAGACUGCUCAGGGCUUCCUUGAAACCGCAGAAUCCAUCUAUCAGCGUUACAUGAAGGAGGAUGGUAGUCCUCCCACUGAUAUGACAGAGUACUUUACUACUGAGGAGAAUCUGCUAACUCACCAGGAAAGGACAAAGAGGUUUGAGUUGGCCUACACCCAUACCAUGUACUACCUUGCUCAAGUUUAUAAAAACCUGGGUCAAACUGAGCGUGCCGCUACCUACUGCCACACAACCCUACAGAGACAGUUACAGUUAAAUCAGUUUACUCCAAUGGAGUGGGCUCUAAAUGCUGCCACACUAUCGCAGUAUUACAUCACUAAGGGCCGAUACAUGGAAGGCAGACACUGCCUCUCAGCAGCUACUGUCAUUUCAGAUUUGGCAGGCGAGGUUCCUUCUGAGGCUGCAGCACAAGAGAGUGAGGCAGAGAGUGAGCGCAGGGAACAUCUCAGACAGAAGAGAGCAGAAAUUGCAAGAUGUUGGAUAAAAUACUGUUUGAACCUCCUGCAGGAUGCCAGAAAGCAGCUAGAGGACAACAUUGGUGAGCUAGAUACUGAUCGUCAAGAUGAACUGAAGAUGGCUAGAAGACGUGAGGAGGAGGAGGAAGAAAAGGGCAGGAAGAGUGCGCUGCUGUUUGGCUCUGAAGACACUUUUGACUCGAUUGCCAGCAUUGAAGAGAAGGUGAUGUGUUUGUUCCCCUUGGACUUCACUGAGGCCAGAUCUGUAUUCCUGGUGGGACAGAAUUAUGUCACUCAGGCCAAGGACUUCUUUCAGAUGGAUGGCUAUGUGACAGACCACAUAGAGAUUUUGCAGGAUCACAGUGCUCUGUUCCGGGCCCUGGCUUUCUUUGAAGAGGAUAUGGAGCGGCGCUGCAAAAUGCACAAACGAAGGGUUGACAUGCUGGAGACAAUCUGUAAUGACUUGAACGCACAGUACUACCUAUUGAUCCGCAGACAGUUGAUGUUUGAAUUGGCUGAGACCUACAAUGAAAUGAUGGACUUAAAACUCACACUGGCCAACCGACAAGCAGACACACAGUCUCUAGAUAACCACACCAUUAAGAAAUUCAACCAUCUCUGCUCUGCCUCUGCCAAGUACUUUCAGAUGUUCCUAGACUCUCUGUGUUCUCCAGAAGGAAAGUACCCAGAGCACCUAGAAGAGGAGGUGCUCAGACCAGCUCUGGUUGCCCGCUUCAGAGUGGCCCGACUGCACAGCCGGUUCAUCAGCUCCUCGCCUACUGUUCAGCUGGACAACCUUAACAAAUCUCUGGAAAACUACAAGUAUGUGGUGCAGUAUUGUGAGGCCCACCCUGAGGCAGAGGCCACCGUGGAGACUGAGCUGGAGCUGAGCAAGGAGAUGGUCGGCCUCCUCCCUCUCAAAAUCAACCGCCUAAAAGCAAGGAUGGCCUCAAACAACUGAAAGGCUCCAAUAUUUACUUCACUGGCUCCUCGGUUGACUAAUCCUGUUAAAUUCAUCAUUUCGAGCUGCUCAAUUGACACUCUCAACAAUUGGAGAAACUGAAUGGCAUACUGAUUAGCUUCCAUUUCUCUUGGCUUCUUUUUGUGCAGUGGGCAUGCUGCUUUCACAAGACUGCUGAAUACAUUCCUGGCUGUAAAUACGUGCUCACCACUGUGUAGUAACCUUUGUGGUUAAUUUACCUUUAAUUCUCAUUGCAAAAAUUUGCACUCUGUUUAACAUAAAAAAGAAAACACAAGUGUCUCUCUCUCUCAUGGUACUAAGAAGCCGAGAAUGGUUGGCUAUGUUAUGAAAAGUUUGAAUCGGAUGGGCGUCAGUCUAGUCUCAUUUUCCACUUUAGAUCUAUUUCUUUCUAACCACAGUUGAAUAUAAACCACUAACCCACAGCCUUUGUAGGUUUAAAACUAAAAUGUCAGAAGCUGCUACUGCAAAAAAGUGUGUGCAACAGUGUCUUUUUUUUUUUUCACUUUGUUAAAUUGUAUUUUGUUUUUAAUUAUUUCUUACUAUUCCAGCACCCCCUGGCCUCUUAACCUAGUCUGAUUAAUACAUGCUUUCUAAUGUUAAUCAUAUUGGUUUUCAUUUAUUGUGGCUUUAUUUUCUAUAAAGCAUUCAGUGCAUUACAAUUAGCUAAGUCUCUGAUCGUGAAAUAAAUGACGGCUUACUGAAACAGCCUGAGGUAAAGUUAAUAAAGUUUAUCCAUUUUGUGCUACUGACAGGAUGACCAUGAAUAACAGGAACUGGUCAUACUGAUGUUAAUUAGUCAUACUUUGCAUGAUGUCACCUCCAUUUAUUUCUGCUUGUGUAUUUUCUUCCUGUCUGAGGAACUGUCACCCUGUUUUAUGCAUAGCAUAUAUAGCAAAUAGUUGUAUUAAACCAAUGAAGUAAUCCACACUCAUGCCACAUUAGCAGCAUGUGGAGUUUUUGGGUUUGUUGUUGUUGACAAUGGGGCACUGAGUAACUGGAUAAAAUUAUCUAAAUUUUGGGUGGAGGUGAGUUCAGAGACUUUUUUUCCAAGACUAUUAAAUUACUUAAUGCAGCGAAAUGGCUAAAACUGUGUGUUGAAAUCAAAUCUUGAAUUAGCUGUGUCUAUGUGAUGCCCUAUAACAUUAAAGUGUAUAUCAACUUUUUUCAUUCGAAUAUA